UGGCCUCUGUUCAGUUUCAGAUGAAACGAAUUCUCUGGAUUCUUCUUUGAAUGCAAAUUGAAGAUGGAAUAUGCCUUAAAUCAAUAAAUUUAUUGACUGAAGUUCUUCGUGAUGAAAGCUCUUAUUGGGGAAAAGAAUGCAUUGAAUUCUGACCAGAUUUUGCUUAUGGGCAAAAUCCAGAAUUUGACCCAGUCUCGUGAAUGGUGGAUGCCUUUCUGAGUAAACACGUGAUUUCCAUCUUGAGGUGACCAAGGAGAUUUUGACACAGCCAAGCAUCUGGGAGAGGGUUUGUGAAGAGUGCUGGAACUCUGGUCUGGGCCAUUUCACAAACUCUGUGAAGGGUUGCCAAAUUGGUUUCUUACCAAAUAAAAAUGCUUUUUCUAAACUUGCUCCAUCAGAGCCUUUCCCCAUUCUUCAUCGCCAAAGCUACUGUCAACAUGACUCCUUGGAUAUCCUUCCUCCUCAACCCAACCAUCAUUUUCUCCUUGGUUUUACUGCUGCUAUUAGCAGGUCUAUUUCUAAACAACCUCCACAGAUCACCUCGUAUGCCUCCGGGACCUAUCCCGCUCCCUAUCAUUGGCAAUUUGCAUUUGAUAAAUAUUAAAAGGCAAGAUGUCUCAUUUAUGAAGCUUUCCAAAACCUACGGCCCCGUCUUCACGUUCCACUUGGGUCUACAGAAGAUUGUGGUGCUGGUUGGCUAUGAGGCAGUAAAAGAGGCCCUCCUGAGCAAGGGAAAUGAGUUUAUCGACAGGCCUCCGAUCCCCAUAUUCUUAAAGAUCCAGCACGAGAACGGUCUGUUCUUCUCCAUUGGAGAACUGUGGAAGAACACCCGUCGAUUCACCUUGACCACGAUGCGGGAUCUCGGGAUGGGCACCUCACUGAUCGAAGGAAAGAUCCUCGAAGAGCUCAGUUUCCUGGUUGAGAGGGUCAACUCCUUUAAAGGCGAGCCUUUUGCAUUGAAGACCUUCGCCGAAGCUCCGACCAACAUCACCUUCACCAUCCUCUUUGGAGAAAGGUUUGACUACGCCGACCCAACUUUCACCACGCUCUUAAGAAACAUCUCUGAAGUGAUGAGUCUUCUGGGAGAUCCGGCCUUACAUCUGUAUAACGUCUAUCCGUUCCUUGGAUUCCUUCUCAAACCCCAUAAGAUGAUCUUGAAAAGGAUUGAAGAAACCUGCGCCAUCAUCGAAAAAUACAUGCGAGACAGCAAGGAGACGCUCAGCAGGAACCAGCUGCAAAACUACAUCGACUCCAUGCUCUUUAAACAGCAACAAGAGGGAGAGAAUGGCAAGAAGAACUCAUUUCACAACCCCAAUAUCGUGGCCUCGGUUCUUGACCUUGUCAUGGCUGGGACGGAGACCACGGCCACCACUCUGCAGUGGGCCGCCCUGAUGAUGAUGAAGUACCCUGAGAUUCAGAGGAAGGUCCAACAGGAAAUCCAGCGAGUGGUUGGAUCAGAACGUUUGCCGGUCUAUGAAGACAGGAAACAGAUGCCCUACACCAACGCCAUGAUUCACGAGGUCCAGCGGUUUAGUUCUAUCGUGCAACAUUUCCCACGCUGCACCGCCGUGGACACCCACUUCCGAGGUUACUUUAUUCCAAAGGGAACACCAGUGUUUCCUUCUCUGACAUCCGUGCUUUAUGACGAAACCCAGUGGGAGACUCCCUACAGGUUCAACCCCAACCAUUUUCUGGAUGCUGAAGGGAAGUUUCUGAAGAAAGAUGCCUUCUUGCCUUUCUCAAUAGGUCGCAGGAACUGCCUGGGAGAAAACCUGGCCAGGAUGGAGCUCUUCAUCUUUGCAGUUGGAUUGUUGCAAAGGUUCACAUUUCAAGCCCCACCUGGAAUGCGUGAAGAAGACCUGCAGCUCACGACCGAGCCUGCCUUCACUCGGAGGCCACAUUCCUACUCUACCUGUGCUGUGCCCACCAACUAGCUCUGGGUUUCUCCACCGUGGCCACUUGAAGAGGCGUGGACUUCAACUCCCAGAAUUCCCCAGCCGCUCUCCUGUCUCUUGAUUUAAUCCUGUAUUCUACUCUUUACCAACUACGGUAGUAAUCUUACAGCAGCGUUUCUUAACCUCUGACACUUUAACAGGUGUGGACUUCAACUCCCAGCAUUGCAAGUUGGGAUGUGCUCCAAAACACAGCUGGCUGGGGAAUUCUGGGAGUUGAAGUCCACACCUUUUAAAGUGUCCGAGGUUAAGAAGCAUGGAUCUAACACUGAUUUAGAAGCUCUUCUGUGCAAGUCUGUUAUAGCAUCUAAGGCCAUUGACAAAUACAGUUCUGUUAUGCUUUGCAAAAUACUUGGGACUGCAGUUUAUUUCCAAACUGAAAUUAAAUUUAGAGAGGGUGCUAAAUUAAUGCUACUGCCAUUGAAGUGUAUUGCAAAUGAGUGGAGCUGUUUGUAUUACCAUCCAUUUCUUGACAAACAGAAAUUAUUAUUUGCGUAUUUGGGGAAUGAAAUCUGUGCCAUGGGUUCUGGAAAGGGUUUUGGGUUUUACAAAUAAGAACAGCCCAUUAAGAACAUGGGAAAAUAACGUGCAUGAUCAAAAUAGUGGAAGACCCAAAAUCUUGUAUGUGAAAAGUGUUAACUAAACCCAUAUUUUAGUUGCUUAAAGUCCUGCAGCUGUGCUGGACUACACUUCUCAUCAUCUUUAGCAACCGACGAUGGGAGAUACCGCACAAUAUACGUUGAAACAUUGGUA